GCUUCGGAUCGUAAUCUGUUCUUCCUCACAUGUUCACAUCUUCAUGGGAUGGGCACUGUGGGAGAACCACCGUGGGCUUGGCGAGGAUACGUCUCCUCCGAGGGAAAGGCUCCGUGGCUAGCUCCAAUGAACGCAAAACGUCAUAUCAUCGGCGACCUCAGUUUGAUGGCCCUUUCUUCCUUCACCUUCGCCCGAUGGAUCUUCUCUCUGACCUUCAUAAAUACCGUGUCUCAGCCUGCCUAACUCUCCCACAACCAUGAUGCCUUCGACAUCUGCCUUCGCUUUCCCUCCAGAAAUCAUCGACAUGAUUACUGACCAUCUACACGCAUCCACACGUACGCUGCUCUCUCUCAGCUUACACCCUUCCUUCCUCCCUUCAGCACGGUACCACCUUUUCUCCUCCCUCUCGAUACCCCUUCACACACGUGGGCUCUUCGGUCUUCUUUCCCUCCUUGAUUCGCCCCACUGCACCAUAAAACCAUAUAUACAACGCCUCCUCUUCACCAACCUCACGAAGGUCGUCGCGACACAUGGUUUGGCGGACGUCGUCCGUGCGAUUCGUCAUUUACCCAGACUGCCGAGGGUAAGCGCGGCGAAGUUCGCCAACACGGAUUUCGAGAAAGUCCCUGGAGAGGUGUUAGGUCUGCUCAUGUACCACCUUCGGCACUUUAGUCUGUCCUCCCUGGUCCUCGAGGGGUUACAUUUUUCGCGCUUUAGUGAGGUGGUUGGGUUUUUGGGUGCCUUUAGUGGCUGGGCAAGCGUAGAGGUCAAGCGGGUGAGCUGGACUUAUGGCGCUGGCGGGUAUGUGCCGACGCCACUGUCAAAUAUGGAGUGGGAAAUCGCCGAUGUUGCCGGUGAUAUGCUGCAGUGGCUCGCAGGUGCAGGCGCUACGGUGCACAGUCUGGAGGGGGAGGCUGAAGCAAUACAGGAUCUGAUGAGAAGUGCAGGGCCUUCCAUUAGGCAGCUGAAAGUCAAACUUUCAGAGGAUUCACUCAUCGACGUCUCUCCGUGUACAUCGCUUCGCUCGCUUCAUCUCUAUUUCCCACCUAUGCCAUCAAAUGAUCGUUGUAUCAUGGACAUACUCUCCAAGAUCCAGUCCAGAGAUUUGCAAGAGCUACAUAUUGGGGUCUCCCUUCCCAUUGCUGUGGACUGGGAUGAGCUCGACAAAAUACUCGCAUUGCAUCGAUCUUUACGGAGGAUAUACCUUUUCGUCUCACGAGGCACGACACAGUUCGACAUGGGGAAGUAUUUCGCAGAGGUUCUUCCGAGAAGUCGAGAUAUUCUCCAAGUGGUCCCAAGUAAGGACAGCAGUGUGUAGUAGGCUGAAUUGUCCACAUGAAUUGAGGGACAUCGUGUACAUUAGCGAGUUGGAAAUCGCCGCUGUUAUAUUCGCGUUACGUGCUGAAGGGCUUCGCUGUCCCGAACAAUGCGGUACUAUAUAUCGUCUCGGACUCGGUGCAGUUGCGGUGCUCCACUAUACUCUGGCCUACAGUUC